AGACGGGAAUUAAGCUGGCCAAGAGCAUGAGUACGAUGGAAAAGGGGUUUGCAAGUUCUUUGGCUGUCGGUGUCGGAAUUGGAGUUGUCAUUGGCUGGUUUCUAAGAGGAAAAUUAAGAGCUAUGUCUCCCGCAUUUUCUAAGACUAAGAAAAAGAUAGAGUUAGACCUUACAGAUAGCUCACCAAAAUUAUCAGAUGAUGGAGAAUACAAGAUGGUCAUUGUAGUCAGAAAUGAUCUCAAAAUGGGCAAGGGAAAGGCUGCAGCGCAGUGUGCUCAUGGUGCUUUAGGAGCUGCAGAGAAGGCUAUGAUGAAGGACUCGGAAACUCUAUAUGCAUGGAAAGCUUGCGGGCAGCCCAAGGUUGUUGUAAAAACAGACUCUGAACAAGCUCUGCUACAGUUGGCUAAAGAAGCUUCAGCAAAUGGCUUGAUAUGCAGUGUGAUCCGUGAUGCAGGAAGAACACAGAUAGCAAGUGGAUCUAGAACAGUUUUAGCUGUAGGACCGGGUCCAGCAAAUUUAAUAGACAAAGUUACAGGACAUUUAAAACUUUACUGAAUUUAAUAAGCUAAUAAGUGUUGUAUCGAGGCAAUGUAUACAUGAAGAUGCAGAUUUUUGUGGAGGGAGGAAGCAAGAAAGAAUUGUUUUCAAGAUAUAUAUUAUUAGAAUUUGGUUGAUUAAUCAUAAAGAUAUUGUGGAUGGUGCAUCUUCAACUAAGAAAUAUUAGUGUUUUGGAUGAAGCAAGUAAUUUAUGUGUAAAGAUUAACACUUUGUGGCUGAUGAAUGACAGAAUUUGUUGGAAGAUACAGAUUUAAAAUUUAAUGGAAAAAAUGAAAUUUAGUGUUUGGGCAAUGUUUGUGAGAAGAUAAUGAAAUCAGUGGAUUUAUUUAUGAAGGUGAAAGUCAAUGUGAUACUGUGAUAUCCAGACAGUUUGGCAGGCCAGACUGGAAAUAUGACAGACAUUAACUCUGGGAAAUUACAGUCCAAAACUGUAACAGAAAGCAGUGGAAAGUCCCAAAAUGUCACUAUUAUACAUUCUAGCAAACAGCUGUUGCAAAAAAAACACAACAACAAAAAACAGAAUACCAAGGAAGAAGACAAGGAAAAAGUAAAGUUUACGAAAAAGAAAUAUGUCUAGUGUAUUCUAAAUAACUUAUCUAGCCCAAAAGCUGACUUAAUUAAAGCUAUUUUACUUACUUCAAAUUUUCUUUAAUCAUUGCUUAAUAACAGUCAUAACCCUUUUCUUGAUAGACAAGAUUGAACCUGCCUUUGCGACCAGUGUAAAUCAUGAUCAGCCUGCAUGGAUGUGCAGUCUGAUCAAAAUCUGCACUGUGCGCCAGUCAGUAACUUUUUGUAUGCUCCCCUUUUAACAGUUAAUGGUAGUGUCCAAAAUGAAAGAUGGACAAGUUCAUUUUAGAAAUUCAGAGCUCCAGAUAAUGUUUUGGUGCAAUUAGGUAUCUACCCAUAAUUUUUUGUCGGAAUUAGGUAUUGGAAAUCUGAAUUGGGUAAAAAUAAUAUUAUUACAAAGGCUUUUCACAAGUAAUUUGGUAUUUCCUAAAAUCAGUUGGGUAUUUCACCAAUCUCGCACAAACAACUUUUUUUUUCUUGCACAGUCAAACAUUUUUAUGCCCCUGGCAUCUACUGAUGCGGGAGGCAUAUAGUGAUCGUCCUGCUGUCCGUACGAGGUUAACCAAAUGGGACCGUUCGUCUAGCAUCAAUACCCCUUACUAGAAUGACUUGAUACUAAUGCAGAUGUAACCUGUGACCAUUCCUCAUCUUCAGACAUCAUCUAAGCUCAGUUUGACCUUGACCUUGACCUCAUUUUGGACUUUGGUUGCUUUAUAUGGGCCAUCUCUUGGUUAACCAAAUGGGACCGUUUUGUCUAGCAUCAAUACCCCUUACUAGAAUGACUUGAUACUAAUGCAGAUGUAACCUGUGACCAUUCCUCAUCUUCACACAUCACCUGACCUCAGUUUGACCUUGACCUCAUUUUGGACUUGGGUGCAAAAUCUAUCGACAAGGAUGCCACCAGGGGCAUCAAGCGUUUAUUGAACGCAGCUCCUUGUUUUUUCUUUUGGCUAACUUGCACUGGACGAAACAUGCUUACUGUAACAGUAUAUAUCAUUAACCAGGUUUCACUAUUUGUUUCUAUGUACAUGCCUGUAAGCAAGGUAAAAUAUUAUGUGUAUUUUAAUUGAUAAUUCUAAUUAUUGUGUAAUUUUAACCAAGGAUAUUUUUUUCUCCAAUUGUUUGUUUUCUGGGAUACUUUUGUGCCAUUGUAUUUUUUGCACUUUAAAUACAGUCUGAGAUCAAUAUUCAUACACAAUAUCCCGAACGAUGUAUUCACCACAAUAUAUGCUCUCCAGUAAGAUGUUGGACAGUAUUAGUGGCACUAUAUUAUCACAAACCGAUUAAGUCCUUGUUGAACAACAAAAUAUUCUUCUAUUUUGUUUGUUUGUGCUGCAACAAUGUUUUUCUGCAACCUCUUUUAGUACUACAAGUGGUCAUUUUAUCAGCAUAAUAUUUCAAUAACAAAUCGAUUAGACUGAAUGGUCGUGUGCUUUUUCCGAUAAAUAGCUACCUGUUCUGCCGUAACGUAUAACCAGCCUGUUGUCUAGCGUUAGUCUUGUACCCGUUCUACAAUAAGGAAAAUGUGAUAUGCAAGCGAUUUUAAUGAAUUGGGUAUUAGAAAUUUUAAUUGCCUUUUAGUAUGCACACUGUAUGAAUUCAAUUGGGUUUUCAGCAAGUUUAAUUUCGUAAAUAUGUAGCUUAUCUGGAGCUCUGAAAAUUUAGCAGGGUAACGGUUAAAUUCUUUAUGUUUACUUGUUCAUAUUACUACUGAAACUGAACUGGUAUUCAGAAGUGAAAAUACAAGUGACCAUUCAAAGUU